AUGUUAAAACAAGAUAUGCUCAACCCCUCGCUUGCCGACAUCUUAUGGUAUCAACGACUCUCUAAUCGCGAUAAGUCCGACGCUCUGCCUCUGGACAUCUCCCCAAAUGCCCACCCUUUCGUGCUUGCCGGUCAAGGCCAAUGUUAUUAUUGUGCUAUAUUUGGUCACCGUCAGUUCUCAUGUCCUAUGAAGGCCAAACAUAAGAAAGGCGAGUUGCUCGCGGGGGAGAAGAUAGGACGGCCAGCGUUACCAUUUGGCGAAUGGCGCCGCGUCAAAAACGGGAAGACAUACAGCACAGAUAUGUUAGGAGGAAACACUCAGCCCAUUGUGCCGCGAGUCAGGUCUGGGCCCACGGCGAUGACUGUACCUGGGAACCCUUCGACUUCUACGAUCCAUCCUCCAGCUUCAUAUGUACCACACGUUUCAAGUCUAUCAGUACAUCCUCCUUCAUCUCCCGGUGUAUCAUCUUCAGAUGAAGAGUAUCUGGCGCAAUUGGUCGCUGAAUUGGAUGCCGGAGCCAAAUUGACGCCAGAGCCAGAUUCCAAUCCUUUAGAUGAUGACGAAAUCAGUGACCGAGCAGCCGACAUCAUGUUGAUUGAUGAACGCGGUGACAUCGAAGGGAACAUGAACGCCAUUGAACUCGUACCAGAUGCAGUGCCGGGAUCCCACUCAGAAGACGUGGAGAAGACGAUGGACGACAGUCCGGUGAUACAACACAGCCGCCAGUCGCCCCCACCAUCCCCUCUGUCCAAAAUCGAGUAA